CGCCCUGUAGGCGGGAGCACCCAAUCAACACCGAAAGUGUGAGCCAUACCUACGGUGCGGUCCUGCGGCUGUGGUAUUGUACAUGGAGUAUCUCCGGGAGGGUUGUGCGAUCGUCUUCUGUGCCUGAGGCCGGGAUUAGCCCCAGCUCUCCGGAUGUCAGUGGCCUUCGUACCCGACUGGCUGCGGGGCAAAGCGGAAGUCAAUCAAGAGACUAUCCAGCGGCUCCUGGAGGAGAAUGACCAGCUGAUUCGCUGUAUCGUGGAGUAUCAGAACAAGGGCCGGGCGAACGAAUGCGUCCAGUACCAGCAUGUGUUACACAGAAAUCUCAUUUAUUUGGCUACCAUUGCAGAUGCCAGCCCAACCAGUACUUCAAAAACAAUGGAUUAAUCUUCUAGUUGGCUGUUUUGAGGUGUGAUUGAAUAUAAUCUAUCUCCUAUGAAAUGGAGACAGGAUCUUUACCAACUCAGCUGCUUAAAACAUGAAUGAAACUUCUGUGACUCUUCUAAAAUGUGAAAAUGUGAAGAAAGCUACUAAAUUAACAGUAUUCUCAAUGCAAAUAUUUAUUUUAAUAAUUUAGCAGAUCUGUCAAUAGUGUCCUCUUUCCCGAAAUUGAAGCGUGUUUAAGUAAAAAAGACAUUACAGGCACCUUCAAGCCUAACUUUUUAGUUUUCACCUAGAAAGGAAACCGAGUAGGUGUUGGGCAAUCAGGUCCUACUGAUUGGUGAGAUUCCCAAUUGAAAUCUUGACAAUUAAACAUAAUUUAGGGCUCCCUUCUACCAGUUUGUAGUUGUGAUCCCUCUGACUGCUCUUUUCAGGUUGCCUUGAAAUAAAGCUUGCCUUUCCAUGAAA